AUGUCGCAAAAAACGCCUGUCCUCCUCCUCAAAACCAAGUCCGUUCCUGGAGAUGCCUACGAGGAGUUGUUUUCCGCCCCUCCCGAUGGCGUCAGCUACGAGCCGUCGUUCGUCCCCGUGCUCAAGCACCAGUUCGGCAACGAUGGAAUGGCCAACGUGCGAAGUGUUCUACAAAGUAGGGCCAUAAGCACAGAAGAGGGCAGCGCGUAUGGCGGCCUCAUAUUCACGUCCCAGCGCGCAGUCGAGGCCUUUACGAAACUUGUCGAGGAAAGGCGAGGUGAAGAUGGCUGGCCUCAUCUCCAGGACGUGCCCGUCUACAGCGUUGGACCAGCAACCACGCGGGCCUUGAAAGCUGUACCUCAGGUACCUCCCCUACAGGUCUUUGGCGAACACACGGGGAUUGGGGACAGACUGGCCCCCUUCAUUCUCGAACAUUACGGGGAGUGGUACAAGGACCGCGAGUCUAAACCUCCGUUGCUGUUUCUCGUGGGUGAGAAACGGCGGGACAUUAUCCCCAAGGUGCUAACUGCGGCGGGAUGGCGGGUGGACGAAGUGGUCGUCUACGGCACCGGCGAAUUGGAGUCUUUUCGGGAGGAUUUUAGGCUGCGUCUCGCGGACACGGCAGACCGACCAAGGAGAUGGGUGGUCGUGUUUUCACCCAGCGGCUGUGAUAGCAUGCUGAGUGCCAUGGGCCUCCUCGACGAGAGUACGGGCAAGGCCCGGCCCAAGCAGCCUGACCGAAACACACUGAUUGCUACGAUUGGGCCUACCACCCGCGAUCACCUGAUUCAUGAAUUCGGGUACGAACCCGAAGUUUGUGCCGAACAGCCCACCCCAGAGGGCGUGUGGCAGGGCAUUGCCCGCUAUAGCAAGAGCUUAGAAUAG